GGUGCCCCUGCACUGCAUUGAUCCAGCGCCUCGCCCGGCCUACUGUGUAAAAAAAAUUUGGGGCUCCUGAUGUCAGGUUCAUUCUGCAGUCUGCGAUGAUAGUAUCUCCCGUACAAUACGAGACGCUCAGCAACAAUGGGGUCCUCAAGGGCCAAGAGGUUGUUGUCUGGGGGCUCGCUGUCCCUCAAAACAUCCAACAAGAUUGUGCGCCAACAGCUCUACAUCAAGCAGAAGAAAGCGGUCGGCAAAGCCCGGCAUGAAGAGCGACAUCGAAGACGCAAGGAAGAGGCCAAGGACCCGGAACUGAGACGGCGGCGCCUGGAGAAGAACCAGCCGGCCAGCAUCGACAAGAAACGGAUAUGGGAUGAUGUCGACGAUGACAGCUUGGGUGCAGUGGUGGAUGUUGCCGAGGUCAAGCGUCGGCGCCUGGAGAGGGCCGAGGCGGCGGCGGCAGCAGAGGCGGAUGCAGCGAUGGGGACGGCCGACGUGGAGAAGGAGAAGGACGACGACGUCGACAGCAUGCUUGGGUCAGACGAUGAUGAAGAGGACAACGAAAAGGGGGAUGAGGAGACGGAGCAGAUGCAGAGGCAGCGGGCGCAAAGACAGCCCAGCAUCGCCCCUUCCACAACAUCCACGAACCUGGAUCUCACGCCAGACUCCCUCGCCGCGCAGUUCAAAUACCUGUUUAGUGACGAGCCACCGCCAAUGCCAAAGAUUCUCGUCACUACCGGAAUCAACGGGACCAUCCACAAGGAGGCGCAGGAGAUUGCUGCGCUGCUUCCCAACGCCACAUACAUCAGGCGCAGUGCGCACCGCUACGCGCACAAAUACAGCGUGAGGGAGAUUGCCAAGUUUGCGAAGAACCGGGGAUACACUGCACUGCUGGUCGUUCACGAAGAUCUAAAGCGGCCAAGCCAACUCAGCGUUUGUCAUCUGAACAGCGGAGAUGCACCGCCCGGCCCAACGCUCACCUACACCAUUCGGAAUUACCUGCCAGGGAAGGCGAUUCCCGGACACGGCAACGCCACCAAUCAUUAUCCGGAACUCCUCCUUAACGGCUUCAAGACCCCGUUGGGUCUCCUAGCUGCCAAGUCCAUGCACAUGCUGUUCCCUCCACAGCCCGAGCUGGCUGGGAGACAGGUCGUGACGCUGCACAAUCAGCGAGACUACAUCUUCUUCCGGCGGCACAGAUACGUUUUCAGGGAAGCGCGGCCGACGGAGAAGAACGUGGUGGGCGCAGACGGCCGGGAGAUGGAGGGCGUGAAGGGGAUCCGCGCCGGCUUGCAGGAGAUCGGGCCAAGAAUGACUCUGAAGCUCCGCAGAGUGGAUAAAGGGAUAGGAAGGGCGGGCAGCGAGGGCGACGAUGCGCUGAAGUGGGAGUGGAAAGCCAAGAUGGAGAAGAAGCGGACGCGCUUCAACCUGUAAGGCGACAUAAUUUGAUACCCGACCGGCGGUCCUGGGGCAAUGGUCUUUUCUCCGGCAACUCAAGGGGGCUCGAUCCCGUCAAAAUU